GUAAAAAAUGCAUUUUAUUUUAGGCAACUAAGUGAAAAAUGAAGAUCUUCGAAAAUAUUUUCACGUGGGGACUCUCUUGAUCGAUCACUCAGCAAGUCAGAACUCUCACGAUUUUGUAAUCGCUAAGUUGCCAAAUUUCUCUUUAGAUAAGAAGCUUUUUCUGCAAAUUCCUCUCACGAAUACAUCGCGACCUUUUGAAGCUUUCUCUUUCGCCGCCAUUGAAGUAAAAAGAAAUGGGUUUUUGGACACUGCUGGAGGGUUUUCUACUUCUUGCAAAUGCAUUAGCAAUAAUAAAUGAAGACCGUUUCCUUGCACCUAGAGGAUGGAGUUUCUCAGAAUUUUCUGUGGGGCAGACAAAGUCAUUAAAGGGACAGAUCAUAGGUCUCAUUUAUGCAACCCAGUAUUUGAGAGUUCCUCUUAUACUCCUCAAUGCAAUCUGUAUUGUUGUAAAAUUGGUAUCUGGGUGAUGCUUCACAAGGACUUUCAGAAUCAAAUUGCAAAAAGGGGAACCUUGAAAAGGUCUGCAAAGAAGCAGAAGCAUGUCAUUCUGAAUAUUCAAGAAAUUCUUUCCAUGUACACAUUUUUUUGUAUAAUGAACCACUAUGGGUUAUAUUAAGCCUCAAUAACAUUGUUUGGGUGUGAGAAUGAAAAUGACAUGAAAUCCAGAAAUUUCAGUUGUUUGUUAUGGUGUUGAAAUAGUCUUUUCACCCUAUUACUCAUAUGUACCAAGUUGUUCAACUGCAUGUGUUAUUGAUUUAGCAACACUAUAUUAUGUGCCA